AUGGGUGACACGCAGCAGUGUGGUCACCGGGUUGAGGAAGGCUCUCGCCCCUCUGCUCAGCGGGGUGGAGGCCACGUGCGGAGCUGCUGCAAGUUUUACUUCAUUAAUGUUUUGCAAAGCACCAAGGCCGAGUGGGAUUUGGGAAGGAGGGUCCAAGGCAGCGUCUCCCUGCGGCAGGAAUUCAGGCGCCUCCAGCCAGGCAGCCUCCUGCAGCCCCAGGUGGGGCAGGUGGCCUGUCCAGGAGGACGGGAAGGAUCCUGCAUCCUGCUGAUCCUGCAGGAGCUGAUGAGCAGCCAGAACCGUGUCCUGGUUGCCCUGCCCUACCUGAGUCCUCACGUGUCCUUCCUCGGGCACAACGCUGCACCAGGUCCCCCCAUGUCGCUGCGCCUCCUGACAGGCCCCCAAGGUCCCGCGGCGGUGGCCGCGCACGCUGGCGCUCUGCAGCGGAGGUUCCCGCGGGCCGGAUGGCAGGACGGGCGCCUCGUGUCCCAAAUCACCCACCCCAGCAGGUUAGUGGGGCAGAGCUCAGGAGGAGAAGUCCAGAAGCAUCAGCUGGACACCAGGGUCAGGAAUGAGCCUGGAGGAGGAGGAGGAGGAGGAGGAAGCCCUGCAGCGCACCUGGCGCGCGUGAGCUUCGUGGUGCACGCCUUCGGCUCGGCCUUCACCCUCGACCUGCAGCUCAACCAGGUCACACACACGUUUUGGGGUGACACGUGCAUUUCGGAGUCUCACACACACACACACGUGCGCGUGUUUCGGGCGGAAGCCACGUUCUGCGGAGCCGCGGUGCGGCGUGCGCAGCACACAGUGCACAGCGAGACCAAGUACAUCGAGCUGGCCGUGGUGAACGACCACCAGCUGGGGAGCACGCAGGGCGGCGUCCCCACCAGCAACUUCGCCAAGUCCAUAGUGAACCUGGCUGACAUGAUCUACAAGGAGCAGCUCAACACCCGCAUCGUGCUCGUGGCCAUGGAGACGUGGGCCGCGGAGGACAAGAUCCGCGUGGAGGAGGACUCGCUGGAGACGCUGGCCCAGUUCAUGAAGUACCGCAGGGAGGCCCUGCCGGAGCCGAGCGACAGCGUCCAACUCUUCUACCGCGGGCGCCUGCACCACGACACCAAGGGGUCCCCCGGCACCCCAGGUGCUCCCCGCCAGCGCCUCUGCUGUCCUCUUGCAGGCGAGUGCCGGUGUCCGGACAUCUGGCUGGGCUGCAUCAUGGAGGACACGGGCUACUACCUCCCGCGCAAGUUCUCCCGCUGCAGCAUCGACGAGUACAACCAGUUCCUGCAGGUUGGCGGUGGCAGCUGCCUCUUCAAUAAGCCUCUGAAGCUCCUGGACCCGCCGGAGUGCGGCAACGGCUUCGUGGAGGGGGGCGAGGGGGGGGGCUCCGGGUCCUGGAAACGAAUCCCAGGAAAAGCAGGCGCCGGAGGGAAAGUGGUGGCAUCUCCCGUGAGCCGGAGCUCCACGCCGAGCUUCGUCUCCAAAAUCCCCGAGUCCCUCUGUGCCGACGCCGAGUCCGCUGGGCGGAAGGCGCUGCCGGGACGCUCUGCAACAGGGACCUGCUGGAGGGCCGAGGUGGUGGCAAGAAGAUGGAGGAAGGCUGCACAUCUCCGCAGCCACAAGCACUCCUGCUCCGAGACGUUCCGUGCUGGUCACUCCCAGUUCACGCCAACAUCAGGAACCACCAACAGCUGCGACAGCUGCUCCAGGACCUUCACCGGAGACGCGGAUGAAGAGCCGGCCCAAGAAGGCCCCUUUGCAGAGCCCCGCCGGGUCCGUAUCCAUUGCAGCAAAGCUCUUUCCUCUCGGUGCUGCCGGCGGAGACCGGCGCUCCCCGGGCCGCCCCGUGCGGACCUGGCUCCGCGCUCCGGCUUCCAGCGCGUGGAUCCGGCGCACGGCUGA